CAAAUUAGUCCUAGGGAUAUGGAUGCUCUUAGUGGUGGAAGAAUAUUCUUGAGUCUUGAUGACCUUGGCCAUGAGUCUUCUUAUCCUUGCUCUAUGCAUCGUUUCAGCAGUGGGUGACGACGAAGGGGAGGCGAUCGUGUCCAGAUUCCAGGAGUAUCUGCGAAUCAACACGGUUCAACCCAAACCCGAUUACUACAAAGCCGUUGACUUUAUCAACUCUCAAGCCAAAUCCCUCUCCCUUGAAACUCAGACAAUCGAGUUCGUUAAGGGAAAGCCGAUUCUCCUCCUCAAAUGGGUUGGAUCCGACCCAACUCAACCUGCCAUUCUACUCAACUCCCACACCGAUGUCGUCCCCUUUGAGGAAUCCAAGUGGACACACCACCCGCUCCACGCUCACAUUGAUAAACAGGGAGACAUAGUUGCCAGAGGUUCGCAAGACAUGAAGUGCGUUGGGAUGCAGUACCUCGAGGCCAUACGCAAGCUCCAGGGUUCUGGCUUCCACCCAAUCCGAUCCCUCUAUCUCUCCUUCGUCCCCGAUGAAGAGAUCGGUGGCUACGAUGGAGCCGAGAAGUUCGCCGAAUCCCACCUCUUCAAGUCCUUGAACGUCGGUAUCGUGCUCGACGAAGGCCUGCCAUCGCCUAGUAAGAGUUACAGAGUAUUCUAUGGAGAGAGGAAUCCCUGGUGGCUUGUGAUUAAGGCUAAAGGACCCCCUGGCCACGGUGCCAAGCUCUAUGACAACUCUGCUUUGGAGAAUCUCCUCAAAAGCAUUGAGAAUAUUCUUCGAUUCAGAGCUUCUCAAUUCGAUCUUCUUAAAGCUGGUGGCGCUGCUGAAGGCCAUGUCGUCUCCGUCAACAUGGCCUUCCUCAAGGCUGGCACACCCUCCCCAACUGGUUUCUUGAUGAAUCUGCAACCUUCUGAGGCAGAAGCUGGUUUCGACAUUCGUAUCCCUCCCACCGUUGAUUCUGAAGCACUUGAAAGACGUCUGGUGGAGGAAUGGGCUCCCGCCUCACGCAACAUGUCCUUUGAGUUCAAGCGGAAGCAUUCGGGGGAACCCCUCGUUACAGCACCAGAUGAUUCAAAUUCUUGGUGGAGGCUCUUGGAAAAUGCUGUCAAGGAAGCCGGAGGUAGGACUAGUAAGCCUGAGAUUUUCCCUGCAUCAACAGAUGCUCGCUACUUCCGGAUAGCUGGCGUGCCUGCGUUUGGCUUCUCUCCCAUUUCAAACACCCGGAGUUUGCUUCAUGACCACAACGAGUAUUUGGGUAAAGCUGAGUACUUGAAGGGCAUUGAGGUGUAUGUUUCAGUAAUCAAAGCUUAUGCAUCAUAUGAAAGCAAGAGUGGUUCACGAGAUGAGUUAUAAGGGUCCUCUGUCCUCCUUUAUUGUUGCAUGCAUGACACAACAUUUGAGCUUCAAGUCUUGCUGUCCAAAAAAAAAAAGAAAAAGUUUUGCGGUAACAAACGUACGUACAAUCAGUCAAUAAUUGCUCAGUCUUAUUUUUCCAAACGGCAAAUGGAACGAACAGGUAGGAGACCAGAAUGUUUCUCCGAAAUUUCUGAUGCUUCCACACUCAAUCAGGAGAGAGAAGUCUCUUACGUGGUAACAAUGGGAAGAGAGACGAGUCAGCUCUCUCUCAGAUGUAUAAUCAUCAUCAGUAUAUUCCUUUUUUUUAUAGGAUGUGUGCAUAUAAGAGUCAAAUUACAAUGAUCUCAUAUAUCUGUUAAUACAUCAUAAUCAGUACACUUUAGCC